AGCCGUCAGCCCCGUCUCCGUCUGAAGAGUGCUUCUGCCCUCAUUUGCCUCUCCCUGUGACCCUGGCCCCCUCAGACUCCGCUGCGUCGUCUCUCGGCCCCGUCCAGCCGUUCCUGACUGCUCUUCGCCGGGGUCCGCUUCCCAACCCCCUUUCGCCAGAGCCCGAGAGCUCCGUCGGCUCUGCGUCCUGGCGGUGGGGACUCCCCGGGGAGCGCUUGCGCGUGCCAGGCCACCCGGGACUACGUUUCCCAGCGGGCCGAGCGGCCGGCGCCGCGGCUGCGGUCAGGUGACCCGGUCGCCUGACCGCAGAUUGUCAGUGACUUCGCCCCGAGUAGAGCUGACUGCCCUGGGCUGCUGCCUCCGGCAGAGCUGAGCCAAAAUGUCCCCGGAAUCUAAAAAGCUUUUCAACAUCAUUAUUUUAGGAGUUGCCUUUAUGUUUAUGUUCACUGCCUUUCAAACUUGUGGAAAUGUGGCGCAAACAGUCAUCAGGAGCUUAAAUAGGACAGAUUUUCACGGCAGUGGAUAUACCAGCAUGGCUAUUAUCUAUGGAGUGUUCUCUGCUUCAAAUUUGAUUACACCGUCAGUGGUUGCCAUUGUAGGACCUCAACUCUCUAUGUUUGCCAGUGGUUUAUUUUACAGCAUGUACAUUGCCGUUUUUAUCCAGCCUUUCCCAUGGUCCUUCUACACAGCCUCUGUUUUCAUUGGAAUUGCUGCUGCUGUGCUUUGGACAGCACAAGGAAACUGCCUGACAAUCAAUUCGGAUGAGCACAGCAUUGGGAGAAACAGUGGGAUUUUCUGGGCACUUCUGCAGUCUAGCUUGUUCUUUGGAAAUCUCUACAUAUAUUUUGCCUGGCAAGGGAAAACUCAGAUAUCAGAGAGUGACCGAAGAACAGUGUUUAUUGCCCUAACGGUGAUUAGCCUUGUGGGGACAGUUCUGUUCUUUCUCAUUCGGAAACCAGAUUCUGAAAAUGUCCUAGGAGAAGAUGAGUCUUCUGAUGACCAGGACAUGGAAGUCAACGAGUCUGCCCAGAACAAUCUGACAAAGGCAGUAGAUGCUUUUAAAAAGUCUUUUAAGUUAUGUGUCACCAAGGAGAUGCUCCUUCUUAGUAUUACAACUGCUUAUACAGGUCUGGAAUUAACUUUCUUCUCUGGUGUAUAUGGAACCUGUAUUGGUGCUACAAAUAAAUUUGGAGCAGAAGAGAAAAGCCUUAUUGGACUUUCUGGCAUUUUCAUCGGCAUUGGAGAAAUUUUAGGUGGAAGCCUCUUCGGCCUGCUGAGCAAGAACAAUCGUUUUGGUAGAAAUCCAGUUGUGCUGUUGGGCAUCCUGGUGCACUUCAUAGCUUUUUAUCUAAUAUUUCUCAACAUGCCUGGAGAUGCCCCGAUUGCUCCUGUUAAAGGAACUGACAGCAGUGCUUACAUCAAAUCCAGCAAAGAAGUUGCCAUUCUCUGCAGUUUUCUGUUGGGCCUUGGAGACAGCUGCUUUAAUACCCAGCUGCUUAGUAUCUUGGGCUUUCUGUAUUCUGAAGACAGCGCCCCAGCAUUUGCCAUCUUCAAGUUUGUUCAGUCUAUUUGCGCAGCCGUGGCAUUUUUCUACAGCAACUACCUUCUCCUUCACUGGCAACUCCUGGUCAUGGUGAUAUUUGGGUUUUUUGGAACAAUUUCUUUCUUCACUGUGGAAUGGGAAGCUGCCGCCUUUGUAGCCCGCGGCUCUGACUACCGAAGUAUCUGAUCUGGUGUCCGUGAGGGGACACGUAUGACCUCAGAAACACAGCUGGACACAGAGCUUGGUAGAAGAAGUCGCCUUUGAUCUUCACUUUAUAUUGGGUGAUGUUCAGUAUGGAAAAUCAAGGGAUUAAGACUGUUAAAUCAGCCAGAGUUGGUGUUCAAGUUUACAGAUAUGAGUUAUUUAAAGCAAGUAGAAUAAGGGAAAGCUGUUCUGUCAACUGUAAUUGUUCAAAGAUGUUGUUUUUCAUUUCAUCUAUCUCAAUUCUUAUAAUCAUGUUAUAGAAUGUAAAUGUUUUCUUCUCUCUCCUGCUCUUGUUGGAAGAUCCUGCCUUGAUUUAGAAUACUAGGCCAUAUGUCAUAUAAAUAUUUUUUCUGGA